GGGACCAAUUUUGGAAUCUGGGGACCAAUUUUGGAAUCUGGGGACCAAUUUUGGAAUGUGGGGACCAAUUUUGGAAUCUGGGGACCAAUUUUGGAAUCUGGGGACCAAUUUUGGAAUGGCCGUUUUUAAUAAAAAAAGAAUCAAAAUUUAAAACGUUCCACCCCCGUUCUUGCACCUGACUAAACAAUACGGCCGUUUUUAAACAAUUAAAAUUAAAAUUUAAUAAAAUGGGCGUUGGUGCACCUGACUAAACAAUACGGGACUGACGACCUCUUGGGCGUGGUUGCUGAGCGUGGAAAUGAAUCCGUGACUCUUGUUCAAUCCUGAUCAACUCACACUGUUCCGUAUCGUAUCUUUCGGCGACAUCAUCCCAAAAGAUAUGGAGCCAAUCAAGAUAUCUUUUUCUACUACUGUAGUAGAAGGCACACAAUCCCACACAAUAUAUCCAACUGCUGAACUGGUGCUUCUACUUCCGUAUUGGCAGGCAGUCUGUGUGUGUGUGUGUUGGAGCGAGGGUGCUUUAUCAAGAAACCAUUGACAAGGUACAGUACUUAGUAGUAAGACAGACGAAAGAGCAAAGAGCAAGAUGCCUGGUGGAGAUUCGGAGCCUCUGCUUUCUUCUGGCAGCGCCAAUAAGAACAAGAGCGCUUACGGCUCGUUUGCUACGAAAGAUGGCUAUUCGACGAGUCCCUUGGGCUUGGCCACGAUUGUUUCGGAACAACAGUUGGGCGCUUUGAAAGCGUUUGACGGCGUCGAUGGAUUAGCGCAAGCCAUGCUGGGUGGAUCGACGAGUGUCACGUUGAAGGAUGGAUUAGCGACGAGCAAUGUAAAAGGCUUGCAAGAACGGUACGGCAGCAACGCGUUGCCACUCCCACCCAAACCGGAUAUUUGGGAACUCAUCGUAGCCGCGUUGGCCGAUCCUACCAUGCUCAUGUUGUUGGCAUCGGCCAUUGUCAGUCUCAUUUUGGGAUUGGGCAUUGAACGCGAUUUUGAAAAGGGAUGGAUUGAAGGCACGAGUAUCAGUGUUACCGUCUGUUUGGUAGUCGGUGUCACGGCUGUCACGGACUACAGCAAGGCACAAGAAUUCCGAAAUCAACAAAUUCAACUCGAAUCUGGAAAACACGUGGAUAUUCUACGCAAUAAUGGACAGAAUCAAUCUGCCCAUCCCGCCGAAUUGGUGGUGGGCGAUGUCGUACGAUUGGCCGUGGGAGACAUUGCACCUGCCGACGGCGUCUUGUUUCAAGCAUCCACCGAUCUUAAAAUGGACGAAUCCGCGCUGACGGGAGAAACCGAAUUGAUCAAAAAGGCCAUUUAUUCGACAUCCAACAGCGCUGCCGAUAUCGAUCCCUUUAUCGUGUCGGGAACCAACGUCAUGCAAGGCACGGGAUUGUUCCUCGUACUCGCCGUAGGAUCCAAUUCCAUUCAAGGGAAAAUUCUAGCACGCAUUCGAGAACAAUCCGAUGAAGACGACGAACCGGACGAGGAAGGCGGUCCCGGUGGAUGUAUGGGAGCCCUUCGCGCCUUUUUCACAUUUGGGGGUGGAGAUUCCGGAGCCGGACUCAUGGAAAAACUCGAUAUUUUGGCAGUCGAUAUUGGAAAGGGUGGACUCAUUGUUGCAUUGAUUGUCUUUUUGGUCAUGCUCGUCGAAUGGAUCUACAAGGAUUUUGUCGUCGAAGCCAACUGUUCGCCGCUCUCCACGGAUCAAUUUGCCUGCGAUGAAAUGGAAGUCUGUCAUUAUGAUAGCGAUGAAGCCGCCUGUUUGCGUCAUUGGAGUGUCGAAGAUGUCUCUACCGUAUUGGAUUACUUUAUUACCGCCAUUACUAUUUUGGUCGUGGCCGUGCCGGAAGGAUUGCCGCUUGCCGUUACCCUCGCCCUCGCCGUUUCCAUGAAACGCAUGAUGAAAGAUAACAAUCAAGUCAAACACAUGGAUUCCACAGAGACCAUGGGAUCGGCUACUACCAUUUGUUCCGACAAGACUGGAACGCUUACAGAAAAUAAAAUGACCGUCAUGAAGGCCAAAUUUGCGGGAGAUUUAUACGAACACAUUGUCGGUGGUACCAGUACUUCCUUGGGCGCCACCAUGAAGGAACAAUUUGGAAACGAUGGCAAGAGUAAAUUGCUCUCCGAGGCCAUUUUGCUCAAUGUCGCACCCACGUCCAAGGUUACAUUCAAGGCGGAUACGGGAGAAGCAUUGUACGAAGGAAAUCCUACCGAUUGUGCCUUGAUCAAACUCACCGCUCAACUCGGGUUCGAUAAGGUCGAUCAAGUACGAGAACCAUUCCGCGAUUCCUCCUCCAUGCUCGAUUGGGGUGUCCACAAUGUACCCUUUUCCUCGGAACGUAAACGCAUGUCUUGGAUUGUCACGGGAACUCCACCCAAUGCAUUUCGACUCUACUGCAAGGGCGCUCCUCAACAAGUCUUUGAUCAAUGCUCCAAAAUUGCCACCUCGAUCAACAGUAAUACAGAUAUCGAAACCAAAGAAUUCGAUGACUGCCGCAAACAAGAUGUCAUGGAUCUCGUCUCGGAGUGGCAAGACAAGGGAUUGCGAACGCUCGCCAUUGCCUUUCGGGAUAUUAUCGAAACGCCCAGUCAAGGAUGGGAUGGCGCAUCAUCGGAACAACUCGAAGCGGGAAUGACCUUGUUGGCCGUUGUCGGAAUUGAAGAUCCACUUCGGGCAUCCGUGCCAGGAGCCAUUACGGAAUGCCACAAGGCCGGAAUUGAUGUCCGCAUGUGCACCGGAGAUGCCCUGUCCACCGCCGUGGCCAUUGCCAAGGGAUGCAAAAUUCUACGUCCGAACGAUCUGGCUGCCGGGGCUCCCAAACCGGGAUUUGCCAUGACCGGAGCCGAGUUUGAUGAUCGUGUGCACAAGAAGGAUCCCUCCAAACCCAAGAUUGUACGACGCGUUUUUGAUCCGAAAAUCAAUGACGCUGUUGACAGUCUUGCCGAACCGUUCUUGUUGGAUGACGCGGGAAACAAGGUGAUGGAUCAACAGGCGUUUGAUGACUUGUGGCCCACGCUCCGUGUAUUGGCGCGUUGUCAACCGGAGGACAAGCUUACUCUGGUUCGUGGAAUGCGAAAGAGCAGAGUCUUCCUUGACGAGGCUCGAUGUGCCGAGCUCUAUCGCGAGCAUGGAAUUCGAAUCUUUCCGGAUUAUCAAGUGGUUGCUGUGACGGGAGAUGGAACGAACGACGCCCCUGCAUUGAAGUCUGCCAACGUUGGAUUUGCCAUGGGUAUUGCAGGAACCGAGACUGCAAAACAGGCAUGUGAUAUCAUUCUGCUCGAUGACAACUUCUCGUCCAUUAUCAAAGCGGUCAUGUGGGGAAGAAAUGUGUUUGACUCCAUCUCCAAGUUUAUUCAGUUUCAGCUCACUGUGAAUGUGGUAGCCAUUACGCUCGCCGUCAUUGGUGCAUUUACGUACAAUGAAUCACCGCUCAGUGCUGUGCAAAUGUUGUGGGUGAACAUGAUCAUGGACAGUCUGGCCUCCUUGGCUUUGGCCACCGAACAGCCCACCAAAGAGUUGUUGGAUCGAAUGCCUUACGGCAAACGACGCCCUGUCAUUUCGCCCACCAUGACUGGAAAUAUCGUUGGCCACUCGAUCUACCAGAUUAUCAUCCUUUGCUGGGUUCUGUUCAGUCCCCAGACUCUCCCUAUCAUUGACCCUCCUAUUGAACAUGAGCCUACCAAGGGUACCCUCAAUUGGUCUCUCUUCUUCAAUGUCUUUGUCAUGCUACAGCUUUUCAACGAGUUCAACGCGAGGCGUCUUCCCACACCUGAAAAGCUCAAGACCACUCUCUCGGAAUGGAAUGUCUUUCAGGGGAUGUUUACCAAUCCCAUGUUUGUGGGCAUUAUGUUUACGACCUUUACGCUUCAAAUCUUUAUUGUGGAAGUUGGCGGGGAAGCGGUGAAUGUCGUCCCGGGUGGUCUCACGCAGAACCAGUGGUUGUUUUGUGUUGGCGCCGGAGCGGGCAGCCUGGUGUGGCAGGUGGUGAUCAAUCUGGUGGUGAUUCUGUUGGCGCCUGCCGCCUUUGAGUCCAAGGAAAGUGACAAUAUCAUUGCGAGUGGCAGAAAGGUGACUCCGGAAGACUUGGAAGCUGUGACAAUGACUGAGAUUUCUGCCUCCAAGUGGGACAAGGUCCGGCUGGGGGUCCGCCGUGAUAUUUUGUAUGCUCGUGUGUUCAACACGAGUGUCCGAAGUGGUGCGAAGCUCAACACAUUGGUCCGUUGUGCCGAAACCCAGCAGAGGGGUGAUGACUACUACAAGCUGCUGGGAAAGCAAAUGUCGAGAAAAAGCUUGGGCUUGAAGAAGGGCAGGCUUUCGCAGACGUCCGAAUAGGCAAUGGUGUCUGCUGUCUGCUGUCUGGGCAACUGAUUGUUGGUGAACGUUUGUUUCUUUCCUAGUUAGUUUCAGUUAGUUGUUCACACACGUAGUUGCAUAAACCUAACUAGAUGGGAAAGACGAAUUCAGUGUU